ACCAGUUUUCAUUUUUGUCAGACUAUCAGUCGAGUCGAAAUUCAAUUAAGAGGACUUUAAGGAGUACAGUCAUAUGAAUUCUUGACGUCAGAAAGAAGACUGCAAUAGAGUGAAAAUUAUAAACGCACGAAAGACUCCGCAACAAAUUUGGACCCCAGACAUAUUCGGAAGAUCGAGGUUGCGAUGGGCGCAGAGUCGCAGAACAUCUCGAUGGAUGUAGAAUGGGUGUGGGCACCUGUUACGUGGGAAUGGUGGCAGAUUAUCCAAUUGGUCCUAGCCAUUGUUGGAAUCUUAGGAAACCUGAUGGUGAUGCUGGUGAUCUUCAGGCCGAACCGGAAGCGCUGCGCAACGGACACCCUGAUAGGAGCAUUGGCCGUUGCCGACUUCAUGACGUCCAUCUUCAUCAUACCGCAUCCUCAUGCCAUCCAGCUUCCUGAAACCUUCGGAGGCGAGUUUUACUGUCGGAUCAUCCACACUUCCAUCCUGAUGUGGAUAUCUAUCUGCGCAUCAAUCUUUACCCUGACAACCAUAUCUGUCGAGAGAUUGGUGGCUGUACGCUUUCCAAUCUGGUUUCAACGUCUUUUCUCCCCAAAGCGCACCUCUAUCGGAGUCGUCAUCAUCUGGAUUGCCGCAUUUGUAAUCAACAUCGGAAGUCUCUAUGCCCACUUCGUGAGAGACAAUCAGUGCAUCCUUUCGUUGCCAGUGGCCUUUCACAAGUUCCUUGGCGUUUGUCUAUUCGUUCUGGAGUACGUCGUUCCCGUCCUCAUCAUGGUGACAUCACACGGUUGGGCGAUCUACAGCCUUCGUCAGCGUCAAGCCACAGCACUCCGUCAGGUCGAGAAUCGUGUCCUUCAAACGCUUCUCAUCGUCGUUAUCACGUUCAUCAUCUGUUGGACACCUGAUCAAUUUGGAUUCCUUGUCUUCAACCUCGGGGUCGUCCCGUUCACCCACCUUUUCAGUCCUCUCUACAGAUGCUUCGUCAUCUUAGCCUUCGCCAACUCCUGCGCCAACCCUUUCAUCUAUGCAGCAAGGAUGCCCAGGUUCAGGAAGGCUAUGAUGGAUCCGUUCUGUAUUAAGAGCAUCUCACGUGGAGAGGGUGUUCCGUCCGUCUUCGCAGGUGACGGUGAAGGGAGAUCAGAUGAAGUUGAGAUAAAAACAAAAUCAUCCGUCGCUUCUCUCUCAUAAAGGUUAAGGCCUAUUCAGGAAUGAAGUUUGGUUCUCAUGGAUCAAUACUUACCCUGCGUGGAAAUUACCUGACUGUAACCCACAGUACUACCAUAGGCUCAGCAGAAACUCUACAUCGUAGGAAACUUAACAUACUUCACUUUAUAUAUCCUCCAUAUAUUUCGACAGAGCGGGGACAACAAAAGGGUAGUCUGAUUGGUGUAAACGACCUAAAUGCGACGUCACUUUUUAUUGAAUAAUAGUGGUAUAACUCAAUCCAGACAACAGUUUUUUAUAUAUUUUUGUUUUCUUUCUAUCUUCUUAUUUUUCCCUGAACUUUUUUCGUUCCUUCACUACUUUUGGAAAAUCAGGAAUAUCGAUCCUUGGAGAUUUUUUUGGGCAGUUCUCAUUAAUUGUAGGAAAAAUAUGUAUAUAUUUGUAUACUGUUUAGUAAAUGCGAUCCCAAGACAUACUGGUUGCAGGGGCUGCAGGAUUCAUGCAUGUUUUACGAGACAAAACCAUUCAAGAUUAAAGGUUUUUUAACCUUGCGUAUUCUGAAAGUUCAUCUGACAGUACUUGCAAAGGAUUGUUUUCUUGAAGUAAGAUAAGUGAUGGUGAAAACAUUCUUAGAUAGAAUGGAAGAUUAGAUGGCAAAAAUGUAAUUUUUAAAACUUUUGCUUUGAUUCUCUUCCGAGAUUUUCAUAGUCAAUGAAAAGGAUUCCUGUUCUUAAAUGGUCUUAUAUACAUGUAUAUAAUAAGUAAUCAUAGUUUUCAUAAGUGUUAUGAUUUUGUAAGUUGUACAGUUAUAUAUUUCAUUUUUUAUAUCUACACGUACUUUAAUGUAUUCGCUUGUUCUAAGCACGACCAAAUAACUUGAUUAUCAGUGGUUAAUAGUGGUUAUCAUUAGCUUUUUAAUGCUAUUUACUUUACAACUAACUUCCUUGUAUUUGAUGAACUAUGAAAUACCUCAUUAACAUAAUGAAGGUAAUAAAUCACUUUUUAACGUACAUGAGGAAACGAUUGAAAUAUUCGUUCUUUCAUUAAAGGUCAAGUCCACCACGGAAAAUGUUGACAUGAAUCAAUCGAGAAAAAUCAAACAAGCAUAACACUAAAAAUUUGAUCAAAAUCUGAUGAAAAAUAAAAAAAGUUACAGUGACCUUAUUUUUACAAAACAGUUCUAUGCACGAUUCAGUGACAUGCAAAAGAGAAAGUAGAUGAUGUCCCUCACUCGCAAUUUCUUUUGUUUUAAUCAUAAUUUUUUUUCUUCAUUUUUUACAGAUUUGACAUAAUGACCAACUGGACUCAACCAUAAAAUGUUAACACAAUAGUAAUUCCACAUGCUCGGUGAGGAAUAUAACUUUAAAGGACAAUGAGGAGAAAAUAAUAAUAUUUAAUAUUUCAGGUAAUAAAAUGCAAAAUAAAUAGUGAUUGAGUGACGUCAUCAGUCCCCUCAUGUGCAUGUAACUGUUUUGUGAAAUUAAGCGAAACUUUAAAAUGCCAUAACUUUCUUAUUUUACAUCCGAUUUUGAUGAAAUUUUCAGUGGUAUGCUUGUUGGAGUGGACUCGUCUCGUAAGUAGUCACACAUAUC